AUGGAAUCUGCAUCAUUAACUAGUGGGUUUACUAUCAAAUGUGAACUUAAAGAAGAAGCCACAAAAAUUUUGAGAAAAGAAGGAGAAUUUCCUUCAAGUUAUAGUACUAUAGAAGAUGAAAGAAUGGCUAAAAAAAUAAGAGAUCCAGAGGCUUAUUAUCAAAAAUGGAAUAAAGUUUCUCAAGCUCAAUUAGAAAGCCAACUUGACAAAAAUAAGAGAAAAAAGGUUUAUUGA